AAAGUGCUGACAUCCCUCGCCUUGGAUGAAUUUCAUGAUUGUUGGUGGUCUUGGAAGCAAGCAAAGGAGACUGCAGAAUUCUUUGAUAAUGCAACGGCCCCAUUACCGUUUAGGUAUCCCAGGGAAGGAACACGACUACACUGUGUCACGUUCGCUUCACGUCCUAGAGCACCACGAGUUCAGCGGUACAGGAGACUCAGCGGCCCCCUUCCCUUCCUCUCGGCGAAUGCAGCCCGAGGCCAGACGCGCUAGAGGAGCCAGCUAGCAGCCAGCACUGAGAGAGCUCGGGGGCAGCGCCGCCCGUUGUCCGGGCCCACUUGACGGAGGAGGGAGAGCGGCGGCGGCGUGGGAUGGGGGUCCUGGGCGACGGCUCGGGGUGGUGCUUCUGCUCCGGCGGCGGCGGAGCCAAGAUGGAGCGGAUCAAGUCUAGCGUCCUCGCCGCCAAGGGGGCCGCCGUCGCGGCCGUGUCUUUCCCUCGCGGCGGAGAAGGAGAAGGAGGAGGUGGAGGGGGAGCGGGGAAAUGCGGAGGCGGGUUCCUCAUCCACCGUGGGCUCCUGCUCACCACGCACGGCACCGUCCCGUCGGCCGCCGCGGCGGGCGCCGCCGAGGUCCGGCUCAGCCACGGCCGCCUCCUGGCCCGCCUGUUGCCUCAGAGGUUCUUUAUUACUAGUCCCAUUCUUGACCUCACAAUAGUCGGGCUUGACAUUGUGGAUGAUGACUCAAAUUCACAUGGGCAGCAGCCUCAUUUCCUGAAAACCUGCUUGAACCCCAGCUUGGACCUUGGCAGUACAGUUUUGCUCCUGGGCCAUACAAACAAAAGAGAUUUGGCGAUUGGUGAGGGGAAGGUUGUUAUAGCAACAGACAACCUUAUAAAGUUCUCAGCUGAUGAGGCCUCAUGGCAUCCUGGAUCUGCUGGUUUUGAUAUGCACGGUAAUCUAGCUUUUAUCGUCUGUGAUCCAAUGAAGCUUGCACCUUCUACACCUUCAGGUUAUGCUUCUGCAUCAUCAACUGCCCUCCUUGCAUCAAAGAAGGACGUGCCGACACAGUUUGGGAUCCCCAUUCCUGCAGUAUGUGAAUGGUUAAAACAACACUGGAGUGGUAGCUUGGAAGAUGUUAGCAAGCCAAUGAUGCCUCCUGCGCGAUUAAUAUCUGCUGGACAGCGAAGCGAGCGUUCUUCUCUUUGUCAUCAUCAAAAUAUUAAGACGAUGGAACGAGAGGGUGGCCCUGUGUUGUUAUCGUCAGAGAUACCACCAAGACCGACACGGCAGCAUGGAUCAUGCAGUUCAGCAUCUGCUAAGAUUUCAUAUGGUGAAAAUGAUUCUGUCAAUUCACACUCUUUUCACCAGCAACGAGAUCCAACUUCGCAGAUGUUCAGACCUAAGAAUGAGCAACCUGGUUCACUUACGGAUAUUAGCUUUCCUCCAGGAUAUCCAAGAUCCAUCCGCUUACCGCUUCCUCUAAAGCAAAUGAUGUCUGAUGAGAAUAAGAUCAAACCGGACAGCUCUGUUUCACAUGAAUCACGACUAGCUCAUGCGCGAAUCAACUGUGACACUCUGCACAAUGUUGCUUACCAGGAAAAUUGCUGGAGUGAAGUGCAGUCGAGUUCCUCACCAUUGGCAAUAUCAGAAGGAGACAAGAGGGAGGGUUUUAGCAGCGGGGAGGAGACAAUGUACUCUGCGGAAACUAUGGAAAGCAGAAACAUUCCAAGCCCAAAGGAGAAGAGGCCCCAGACAGUUGGUAGAUCACAGAGUUUUGCGAACCACAGCAAAUGGGAUUCACCUAAAAGCGUCGAAUCUUCGAAAGGUCUUCCCUCAAGGUCACACACAUUUAUUCCUUUGAGAAAACCGCAUCUGCAAGCUGCAGCGAUUUCACAGAAAAGUCAAGUCUAUUUUAGCCCCACCGUCUCCUCGAACAUGAAAAAGAGGAACCUGUCCAGAGUUCCCAUGAAACCUCGGCAAAGUGCACAAGUUACCUCCAAGUGGAUCACCUGAUAUAAACUUCCCACUUCUGUCCGGUCCAUACAAAAAUAUCACAUCUUUUGAUUUAGUCAGUUCCACUCUACAUCUCCUUUUUCUUCGUAGCUGUAUCGUGUAAAUGUAUACUAGCUGUAAACUACUCUGAUGAUCCUUUUCAGUGUAACACUAGCUAGCAAUUUUUUUCCCCUUCCUUUUGCUUACUCUGUAAGGAUAACUAAAACGAAUUGCCACCAGAAAAAAAUAGCCUUUCUCAGUCAGGUAAGCUGCCCAA